AUGCACGCUGCGGUGACCCCCGGGCGAGUCUGUGCUCGUUGCGCUCAGAUUAAACAACGUUGCGAUGGCGGUCUGCCUUGCUCCCGAUGCAAAAGAUUGGGACAUGUCUGCAAGCCCCGAGUACCAGCAGAGAACGUGGGUCCCUCACGCGGAACGAUGGGGUCACGCCGGCCCCGAGCAUCACGGUCCCGUGGCGGCUGUCUGUCAUGCAAGGCAAGGAAAAAGAAGUGCGACGAGAACCGCCCUCGAUGUACGGAUUGUCGCCGCUUGAAUCUAUCCUGCCAAUGGCCAUCCAAUGGCACAUCGGUGGCUAGCGAUGGUGAAUCCCCGGAAUCUUAUGCGACGGGCUCAACGGAUUUGGAUCCGAUCGACAGUGCCGACGGAGAUUUGCCGACUCUUGACUGGAGCACGCCUGAUAACGAUGAGGAGUUUAUCGCCUCGCUUUUCCCCCAUUCGUUGUCGCGGAGUGUCCAAACCCCGUCUAUUGGGUCUCCAGUCUCCACAAAUCCGCACUUGCGCAGUGAAGAAGAUCGUUCGCUAUUCAAUCACUAUAUUCAUGUGGUCUCGCGUGCGCUUUCCCGAUCUCAUGAUUCCGAUCGGAAUCCAUUCCUGGUGACACUUUUGCCCCUGGCCGCCACAUCGGAUACUGUCACCAGCGUGAUUCUGAGUUUGAGUGGAUGUCAUUGGAAGCGGGUGUAUCCUAGCAUCUGGGGUUGCGCGUUGAGGAGACAAGGCCAAGCAUUGGCCCAAGUCAAUAAUUUACUGGGCCAGUCAGAUGGCCGAUGCAUUUUUGAAGCGUGCGCCACCGUGCUUUUACUCUGUUUGACCGAAUUAUUUGAUGGGACGUCACGAGUAUGGAAGUGGCAUCUCAAGGCGGCCAGUGCCAUUCUAAAAUCGCCAGCUUUUCAAUCUCUGAUCUCGGGCGAUGAAUGGACAUUCUGUAUCAGCCUAUUCCAUUACUUGGACUCCAUGUCGACUAUCUCACGGUGCAAGCCUCCCCUUUUGCAUCCCGGGGCUAGCAUGACUGAGCUCACGACUAGCUUUCGACGGAGCAGUGUACCAGAGCUAGAAUACGGUCAGUCAACUACGGCAAUCUAUGGAAUCUCUCCCAACCUCUUCGACUAUUUGGGUAUGGUCAACAUACUGGCCAAUCACCGAAGUAAACGGGUAGACGAGCUCUCCGAAAUUGGGUUCCGAGCAGCAGCGACCAAUGUGGAGACUCGGAUCGACGAGUGGCGAGCAGAUCAUGAUCAGAUGGCGAAGAAAGAGCCGGACACGGAGUUCGCGACCACCGCGUUUGAAUGGGCUAUCCGCCUUCGUCUACACCAGGUGGUGGAAGGCUAUGAUCCACUGCAUGGGUUCGUUGAGAAAGCGAUUGUCACCAUCCUGGAUGCCGUGCAAGAAAUACCCUACGCCAGUCGGGUCGAAGGGUGUCUUUUGUUUCCACUGGUUAUUGCCGGGUCAUCCAGUGUGACCAUUGAGCGACGGAUGAUCGUCAAGGAGCGACUGAUGGUCAUGGAAAAUACCUUAGGAUUUAGCCAUAUUCAGUACGCGCGACAGUUACUUGAGAAAGUAUGGGAGGCGAACUGCACGUCCGACAUGAAUUGGGCGUCAGUACGAUAUAGUCAGUUUCCUGGCGUGGUAUUUGUAUAA